AUGUCUAUAAUAAUAAUAAUAAACUGCAUAAAUUUUUUAUCCACAGGUGGUUUCAAUAUUCAUACAAAAUGUAUAGGAAAUAAUAGAACUCCAAUCUCAACUAUUUUGCCAGAUUACUGGAAUGAUGGCUCCAUUUUCCCAGAAGAAGACGAUUCACUAGUGGCACUUGAUGAGUUGCAGUAUGAUGUGACUCUAGAUGGAUACUAUGAAAUUUUUGAUUCAUUUGGAAGAAUGCCAAUUAUUAAUUUUUCUCUCAGACCACCAGAAGGGGAAGAAGAAGCAUUGAAGCAAGAGAGAAACAUCAUCAGAGAACAACAAGAAAAACUGGAGAGAGCUGCCAUAGAAUUCGACAAUAUCCCGUGUAAAAAUAAUCGACUUUAUUAUGACUCCAUAAUGACUUCAUAUGAUAUGAAGUCAUAA